CGCCUAAGCGAUGAGGUAAUCGGGGUAAACAGUAAAGAUGGCGACGUCGGUAGCCGGAGAGGGGCAACCGAGUCUAAAUGGGACUAUUUCCGACCCCCAGACGAAAAAACUAACCGACCUGCCAACCGAGCUGCUCGAAUACAUCCUGUGCUUCCCCGUCCUCCAACACGUCGACAUUUGUAACGUGUCCUGCUGCUGCAAACGGCUACACGACGUCUGCCAUGGAAGGGGCAAGGUCUGGGGACACCAGUACAAACUCAGAUGGCCGAGGCUGCAGAGGUUUUACCGUCAGAACGAGAGCUGUGACUGGCUCAGGGAAUACAGGACGCGCCACCGAGUGGGCAUACAGAUACGGAGGACCGUGGAAUCCAUCUCCAAGAGAUUCUUCACAGAAGUUCCUUGCGUUGGCCAGGUGCUGGGAGACAGCUUUGCAGAGAUCGAGUCACUUGGGAUGCCGGAGCACUUCUGCGAAGACGAGCUCCUCUUCAUACUCAACUCCGACAAGAGGAAAAGCUUGACACUGAAGUACUAUGCAAAGAAAAUCCUUUACUUCCUGAGGCAGCAGAACAUCCUGAGGAGCCUGAAGACCUUCCUGGAGCAGCCUGCAGAGCUGCAGUCGGCUCUGGAAGGAGCCGUGCUGGUGGAUCAGUACUGUAACCCACUGGCUGACGUCACGCUGGAAAACAUAUCGGCCCAAUUGGAUGAGAUCGCAGAAAAAGUGAAGAAGAUGCUGAGGAUCAAAAACCCGUCUCACCCCAGCCUGCGCAUCGCUCAGGGUCACUGUUCUGUGGUGGAGGACUUUGAGCUCCAGAGGCAGGUGGUGUGUGCCCUCAACUCUGUGUUGUAUGAACAGCUUCAGUACAAAGGCAACGAGUGUGACUAUUACAACCCCCUCAACUCUUACAUCCACCAGGUGCUACUACGCCGUACAGGCAUCCCCAUAAGCCUCUCUGUCCUCUACAUGACACUGGCCCGGAAGCUGGGAGUUCGGCUGGAUCCUGUCAACUUUCCCAAUCACUUCCUGCUGCGCUGGUGCCAGAAACCGAGAGGCAGUGAGGACAUCUACGACUUUGUCUACAUCGACGCCUUCGGUAAAGGCAAGCAGCUGACCGCCAAGGAGUGCGAGUACCUCAUCGGCCACCAGGUGACGGCAGAUUACUACAGUGCCAUCAGCACCACGGAGGUGCUGCUCAGGAUGGUGGGAAACCUGCUCAACAUCGGCAAAAGAGGGGAGGGCAACGAGAAAUCCUACCAGCUGCUGAGAGACUCGCUGGACCUUUACCUCACUAUUAACCCAGAUAACGUGCAGUACUUGCUGCUGCAGGCACGCCUUUACUUCCACCUGGGAAUCUGGCCAGAAAAGGUGCUAGACAUCCUGCAGCACAUUCAGGCGCUGGAUCCGUCCCAGCACGGGGCAGUGGGGUACCUGGUGCAGCACACGCUGGAGCACAUCCAGCACAAGAAGCAUCCCUCAACUCCUGAGGUGAAGCGGCGCAGUGCUCCAGAACACCUGGAGGUCCAGUACUCAGUCGGCCUUAUUAUGAAACACAAGAGGUCUGGGUAUAACUGUGUAAUCUACGGCUGGGACCCCAAAUGCACCAUGAGCCAGGAGUGGAUCACCACCAUGAGGGUCCACCAGCUGUCCAGUGGGGCCAACCAGCCUUUCUACAACGUCCUGGUACAGGAUGGAACAUGCCGCUACGCAGCACAGGAGAACCUGGAGCCACACUCGGCGCCCCUGGAGAUCGGCCACCCGGAGGUGGGCCGGUACUUCUCCGAGUUCUCCGACACCCAUUACGUUGCCAAUGAGGAACUGCAGACACGAUACCCCGAGGACAUGAGCGAAACCCUGCGCGCGGUGCAGGAGCUCUAUCAGAGACUGACCCCCGCCUCCGGGGCCCAAGAUCAGGCUCCUGCCGCAGACCAAAACAACCACCAGGCCAUGUCCAUGUAGCAAGUAGCCAUGUCCAGCACUCUGCCAACCCGGGCUAGCAUAUUACUGGUCACCCAUUCUCAGUUCACAAGCCACUUAGCUGUUCCUCUGUUACACUUAUACUCAAAAACAGUCCGUGUGUAACAGGGAGGGAGUUUUUUCUGUUACAAAAAGGAAAAGAUUGUGUUUUGAUAUCAAAUACCACAGUGUAUUUCAAACUAUUGAAUGAUGCUCAACAACAUCUUAAUAUCGUAAUAUCACAGGGUUUAGUUUGGGAAAAGAGAAGUGUUUAAUGUCAGUGUUAUACAACGAUACAAAACAAAUGAAAUCCAGAUUUGGAGGAAACAGUUAAGUGGAUGAAUAAAUUCGGGAUGAGUAUCCAGGUGCUGUAAAUCCCCCUCUACCUAAAAACCAAGGAAUGCUCCUGUACCCAGAACCCCCUGCAUCCAGCACCAGUCUACAAGCAGAAACCCUAAACCCCAGGAACAGUGCCACACACACACACAUACACACACACAAAAAGACUUUGUACAUUAAGUUUUACUUUUAAUUCUCCUUCUUUUAACGCACUUAUGAAAGUCUAACUUUCACGUUUCUAGAGCGUCUUGAUUUAUUUCUGUAUAUUUACGAGAGAAGCGGAUGCCAUGGCUCAUCGGUCAUUCAUGGAACAACAAGAGGAACCAGUAGAAACACCAGUGACUUGAAACAGAAGUGACUCUGAGGUGUGAGGAAACCAAACAAAAGAAUAAAGCGUUUCAAGUUUUAA